GCAUUGGGGAGUUAAUACGAACGAAUGAUCUUUGGACAGAUAGUAUAUAAGUUUCGGAAGAGUUGGUAGACCAAUGUUAUACUUUAAUCAAGCUCCUGCAGAUAGAUACAGUGUUAUUGUGAAUUAGUUUUGUUUAUUUUUGUUUGCAAUUAAAUCAAGUUAAUCAAACAAAUACAUAAAGAUGAUUCGUUUGUUUGUACUAUGCCUGAUGAUGAGCACUUAUGUCUAUGCUGCAUCUAAUCCAGAGAUUGCAACAAAAAGUGGAAAAUCACAGCUAUCGGCGGCGGCGUCAUCAAAUCAAAAGUCCGUAUCCCAGCACGAUGACCCUCUUCUUAACUCGAUCAAUGCGUAUGCGCAACAAUUUGAAAGCAGCUCAGUUCCCGGCAAGUCCUAUGGGCUCACUACACAGCUCUACUCUCAACCGUACGCAAUUCAACAACCACAACAAUACCAACCGCAGACCAGUUUUAGAGUGCCUCAAGCCCUUCCACAACAUCUCCCGUCAUCUCCAGCACUUGAAACAAAUUUCCAACCAAUGCCACCAGCACCUCAGCAUCAGCAUCCACAUCAUCAUCAUCAACACCAGCAUCAGCAUCAACAGCUUCAGCUUCAGCCACAGCCACAGCCGCACAUUCAGGCCCAUCAACAGAGUCCUCCGACUCCGGUGCUGAUGCAAUACCUGCCGCAGUCUCAAGUAAACGAUGGAGUACAGUAUCUGCAGUUGAUUCCAACUCGUCCACUUAUUGUUCCAAUCAGUCCAUAUAUGUCACCUAUGGCGCAACAGGCCUAUCACGCUCCUCAAAUUAUCCCGCCACCACAUCAACUCAACGACUUCGUGGCAGGGCGAUCACAAAUCUCUCCAAAUGAACCAGAUGCCGCUAGUAACAUACCUUAUGGUCUUCAAGCCUAUGCUAAUACCUUGCAGAAUUAUCGCAGCUACAGAUUUAACAGAGACGUUACGCCAGUGGGAAUGAUUCUCAACAUGCAGGAAUAUAUGCCCUCGCCUAAUGAUGCCCCAAAGACGAAAGCAGUCAAGGGGAGGCCUUAAGUAAGGAAAUUCAAUUCAGUGUAUUGCCAGAAUAGACUUAAAAUUUAAUUAUAGUUUUAUAUGACUAAAUUUUAUAUUUUUAAUUUAUUGUUUAAUUUCUCAUAACAAAUAAUUUGCCUUCAUUUGCUAGACUUUAGAUCUACUUUAAAAAUUAGUUUUAAACUUCUGUGUAAAAUCAUAAUCUGUAAAAGCGUUUGCUUUUAACUGUACACUAGUUUUAGAAUAUACUUUUUUAAUUUUUCUAUUUCUAAAAGGCAUACAAAUUAAUAUAAUAAUUAAUAGUGGAUAAAAAGUUUUAAUUUUAGAUCUAUAAGAAA